GCAUGCGCGGCGCGCUGGCGCGUUUCUGGCGCCGCAGGUUGCGGUCGCCUUGGACUCAGGCUUCCCGAUCUCCCGGCGGGCACCGGCGGGAUGGAGCCGCUGGACGAGCUGGACUUGCUGUUGCUGGAGGAGGACGGUGGAGCGGAGGCCGUGCCGCGGACGGAGCUACGUCAGAAGAAGGCGGACACUUUCUUUCCUGAGACAGUUCUGAGCCGAGGAGUGGACAACCGAUACCUGGUGCUAGCUGUUGAGACCGUGCAGAACGACAGAGGCGCGGAGGAGAAGCGCGUGCUCAUCACCGCUUCCCGGGACCAAGAGCAUGAAGUUCUGUGCAUCCUGAGGAAUGGCUGGAGUUCGGUACCGGUUGAGGCAGGGGACAUCGUUCACCUAGAGGGAGACUGCACAUCUGAGCCGUGGGUCAUAGACGAUGACUUUGGAUAUUUUAUCCUGUACCCGGACAUGCUCAUCUCCGGCACAAGCGUCGCCAGCAGCAUUCGGUGUCUGAGAAGGGCUGUCCUGAGUGAGACCUUCAGGGUCUCUGAUCCAGCCACUCGCCAAAUGCUGACCGGUACGAUUCUGCAUGAAGUCUUUCAAAAGGCGAUCCGUGAGAGCUUUGCCCCAGAGCAGCUGCAAGAGCUCGCGCUUCAAACUCUCCAGGAAGUGAGGCAUCUGAAGGAAAUGUAUCGCUUGAAUCUGAGUCAAGAUGAAAUAAGAUGUGAAGUUGAGGAGUAUCUCCCCUCUUUCUCUAAGUGGGCCGAAGACUUCAUGCAUAAGGGCCCUUCUACUGAAUUCCCUCAAGUGCAACUCUCUCUGCCAAGUGAUGGCAGUAACAGAAGUUCACCUUGUAACAUUGAAGUAACCAAGUCACUGGAUAUUGAAGAAAGCAUCUGGUCCCCUAGGUUUGGGCUGAAGGGCAAAAUAGACGUCACAGUCGGGGUCAAAAUACAUCGAGAUUAUAAAACGAAAUAUAAGAUAAUGCCACUGGAGCUUAAAACCGGCAAAGAAUCGAAUUCUAUUGAACACCGAAGUCAGGUGGUCCUGUACACGCUGCUAAGCCAGGAGAGACGGGCGGACCCUGAGGCCGGCUGGCUCCUCUACCUCAAGACCGGGCAGAUGUACCCCGUGCCCGCCAACCAUCUGGACAAAAGAGAGCUGCUGAGGCUGAGGAACCAGCUGGCCUUCUCUCUACUGCACCGAGUGAGCAGAGCGGCCCCGGGGGAGGAGGCGCGGCUGUCGGCCUUGCCACAAAUCAUCGAGGAGGAGAAAACCUGCAAAUACUGCUCACAGAUAGGCAACUGUGCUCUUUAUAGCAGAGCAAUUGAAGACCAGGUAGAUGAUGCUUCCAUCCCAGAAGGCAUGCUGUCCAAAAUCCAGGAAGAAACCCGGCACCUGCAGCAGGCGCACUUGAAGUAUUUCAGCCUGUGGUGUCUCAUGUUAACGCUGGAGUCACAAGCUCAAGAUAAUGGGAAGAGCCACCACAGUAUCUGGUCCACGCCUGCUUCCGCACUGGAGGAGAGCGGCAACUGCGUUGGAAACCUGAUCAGGACGAAGCCGGUAGAGAGAGUUUGCUAUGGACAGUACUUACAUAAUUUUCAGCGGAAGAGUGGCCCCAUGCCAGCCACCAAUCUGAUGGCAGGUGACAGGAUUAUUUUAAGUGGAGAAGAGAGAAAACUAUUCGCUCUGUCUAAAGGCUACGUGAAGAAGAUUAACGAGGCAGCCAUAACCUGCUUACUAGACAGGAACUUGUCCACACUCCCAGAAACAACGUUGUUUCGAAUAGACCGGGAAGAAAGGCAUGGUGACAUAAAUACUCCGUUAGGAAAUCUGUCUAAAUUGAUGGAAAACACAGACACCAGCCAAAGACUUCGGGACUUAAUCAUCGAUUUCAGGGAACCUCAGUUCAUAGCCUACCUCAGCUCGGUCCUUCCACAUGAUGCGAAGGAUAUGGUGGCCAACAUUCUAAAGGGUUUGAAUAAGCCCCAGAGACAAGCAAUGAAGAAAGUUCUUCUUUCGAAAGACUACACUCUCAUCGUUGGGAUGCCAGGGACAGGAAAGACAACCACAAUCUGUGCCCUGGUUAGGAUCCUCUCUGCCUGUGGUUUCAGUGUCCUGCUGACCAGCUACACACACUCUGCUGUUGAUAAUAUUCUCCUGAAGUUAGCCAAGUUUAAAAUCAGGUUUCUGCGUUUGGGUCAAUCUCACAAGGUCCAUCCGGACAUCCAGAAGUUUACAGAGGAGGAGAUUUGCAGAUCGAGGUCCAUUACAUCCUUAGCCCAUCUAGAAGAACUCUAUAACAGUCACCCUAUCGUUGCAACGACCUGCAUGGGAACAAACCACCCAAUAUUCUCCCGGAAAACCUUUGAUUUCUGUAUUGUGGAUGAAGCCUCUCAGAUCAGUCAGCCCGUCUGCCUGGGCCCACUCUUCUUUGCCCGGAGGUUUGUGUUGGUGGGGGACCAUCAGCAGCUUCCUCCCCUGGUUCUAAACCGGGAAGCCAGGGCUCUGGGCAUGAGCGAGAGCUUGUUCAAGAGGCUGGAGCGGAACGAGCGCGCCGUGGUGCAGCUGACUGUGCAGUACAGGAUGAACAGGACCAUCAUGUCCCUGAGCAACAAGCUCACAUACGGAGGGAAGCUGGAGUGCGGGUCGGACAGGGUGGCCAACGCAGUGCUAGCCCUGCCCAACCUCAAGGACGUCAGGCUGGGCCUGGAGCUGUACGCCGAGUAUGCCGAUAGCCCCUGGCUGGCCACAGUGUUUGAGCCAGACAGUCCCGUGUGUUUCCUCAAUACGGAUAAGGUCCCAGCUCCCGAACAAGUUGAAAACGGGGGUGUGAGCAACAUCACGGAAGCCAGACUCAUCGUCUUCCUGACCUCGACUUUUAUAAAGGCAGGCUGCAGCCCCUCAGACAUUGGCGUCAUCGCCCCGUACCGGCAGCAGCUUCGGAUCAUAAGCGACUUGCUGGCUCGGGCUUGUGUUGGGAUGGUCGAGGUUAACACAGUGGACAAAUACCAAGGAAGGGACAAGAGUCUCAUCCUGGUGUCCUUUGUUAGGAGCAAUGAAGACGGGACGCUCGGAGAGCUCCUGAGAGACUGGCGGAGACUCAACGUGGCGCUGACCAGAGCCAAGCACAAGCUGAUCCUGCUGGGCAGCAUGUCCUCGCUGAAGCGCUUCCCGCCCCUGGAGCAGCUCUUCGGCCAUCUGAGCGCAGAGCACUUAAUCGUGGACCUUCCAUCCAGAGAACAGGAGAGCCUCCGCCACAUCCUGGGCAGUUGCCAGGGAGACUGAAGCACAGCGAUGCUGCCUGCCAAUGCUGUGUGCCUCCGGGGCAGUGACGGCCUCCCUCCCUGGGAAUUCCACUCUUAAAGUGAAAAUGACUUUUAGCCGAAAGUACAAAAGGACGUGAAUGUACUGUUUUCAAAGUUCCAGAUCUUUCUCUUCUGUUACCACGCAAAAUUCUACUUUAAAAGUCCUGGUGUACCCAAAAUUGAGAAGCCUGAAUUUGGAAAUACUUCAAGUAUACCUGUGUGUGCAAAGAUUUCCACCUUAAACUGUGGAUCAGCCUUGGGUUGUGUACAGUAACGCCUAAGGUUCAGUUAGAGCUCAAGGUUGAGAGCUGACAGAAGAAACUACAACUUGAGGUCUGAGUCCCGAAUCGUACAGGUGACAUUUGAAAGGUCAGACAGACUGGCCCUUGUCAUUGCUUGAAGCCACUGUGCCAAGGAGACCAGGUGACGGGUACUCUGAAUUUGGGCAUUUCCUGCUUGUUGUCCUUGCUUUGUUCUUUGGUGUCACCUGUGAUUUUUGCUCCGAGCCUGGUCUUUGAAUGUCACCCAUGAGUCCUGUCGCCAGUUCUUUAUUCCUUGUCCCCUCCCCCACUGUGUCCCUUUGUAAGUUUUUGGACUCCGGCAGUUUAAUAUUAGAGGAGGAUUCGAUAUAAAAUGUAUUUUUGAUGUAUUUUAUAUAAAACAAAAACUUUUUUUUUUGAGGAGUUUGAUGGCAGCUUACGGGGUGGGGGGGGGGUGUGUCCACCUGUUAAACAUCCUGGCUGGUGCUACUCACUUUUACACUUAUGUACAGAUGUUUUUAAGAAUAAAUUUACCAGCAAAUAAUUAGCAUCUCUCUAUAUAUAAUGACAUUUUCACAUCAGGUCUUAUCUCCUGGAAUGGGAAAACUUCUACCUCACUUAAGUGGAAGUUUAAAUAUGUUAAAAUAGUUGGUGCUUCUGUCUUUUUUAUUAUUUAAUGUACAGUUUAAUAAAUUUUAUGUUCUGGUA